AAAGCCUCAUUCAUACUUUACACAUUUAUUAAAUAUGUCCGGUAGACAAGGUGGUAAGCUUAAGCCUCUCAAGAAGCCCAAGAAGGCUCCUCAAGGUGACGAAGACGAGGAGGAUCUUGCCUUCAAGAAGAAGAAGAUGGAAGAAGCCAAGAAGUUGAAGGAGAUGCAAACUAAAGCUGCCGGAAAGGGUCCUUUGCUCAGUGGUGGUAUUAAGAAGUCUGGAAAGAAGUAAAUUUUCUCCCACUCAUUUCUAUCUACUCUCUUAUAAAUCAAUAAAUAAUUCUAUAAACAUCA